UCUGCAACUCCCCCAGGCUACAGAGACCUUGUUGACUACCUCUUUGACGCCAAGCACUUCACAGAUGGUGCCCCGCCCAAUGACCGUGGUUGUCGCUUCUGUGGCAAGAUUGGGCAUGUGCAGAAGGACUGCCCCAAGAAGAAGCUUACGAUGGAGCGGAGGGAGAAGAAGGAGCGGCAGAAGGGACGGAGGGAGAUGCGUAAGGUGGUUGAGGAGGAGAAGCCAGAGACACCGGAGUUUCACCCAGCUGAAGAUGCCAAGGCGACACCCCAGAACACCCAGGAGGCAGCAGGAGGAACAGAGAAGAUGGAAACAGGGGCUGGAAGAGGAGGUGGAGGAGGAGGAGGAGCAGGAGGGACAGGAGGUGGAGGAGGAGGGGGACAAGGAGGAGGGGGAGGAGGCAAUCUCCACGUGGCUUCAAAGGCACAUGAAGAUGUCGCAACUGCCUAUCCAGCGAAGCAGACUUCUGCCUCCAAAGAGAAUCUCCCACACACACCAGCCUGUAGCACAGCAAAAUCCACUUACAAUAGCAAGCCCAAUGUGGCUGCGAGCAACAGCAGUUCAAAGUCUGUGAGUGGCAAAGAGUCUGGGCCAGAGAGCUGCCGCAUUUUAAACCCAUGGAGCACUUCCAAGGCCGACGCAAAGUCUGCCUCCACAACUCUGAGUAAAUUGGUUAUGAGUGAAGCAGCCAUUAUUGGAGGGCCUGGCAAAGCUGGGUGGCAUGAUUCCCAACCUUUUGGGGCGGGGAUGGGGAAUGGGAAGGGCCGAGGGGCCACACCAGAGGAGAAGUUCAGUGGCAUAGGAGCUCCACCUGGAUUCCACCACCUUGGCCACAAGAGCCAGGGACGCCCCAUCCUGGAACAGAUCAACCAAGGGCUGGGGGGACUUGGCAGUCAAGGAUCAGGGCAUGCUAACCCCAAAGGGCCAAACCAGGGGGAAAGGGAGCGGUUUCGGGAGGGCAGAAUCUCCCCCCAAACACCAUGCAACAGCACCAGCAUCAUGGUAAGAAUCAAUCACAGCCUCCUCAUCAGCAGGCACAACAGUCUCAGCAGCAACCACAAAAGCAGCAGCAACCUCCACAGAAACAAGUACAACAAUCACAACAGAAGCAACAGCCAGGACAACAGCAAACACAGCAGCAACAGCAGAAUUACUGGGAGAGUUGGAUAAAAAAUGCCCCCUCAUCGUCCGGCAACUUUUCCCAAGCAAACUGGGCAGCAGAAACAGAGUCAGGGCAUCCCUGCACCUGCAGUAGCAUCUGCAACCUCCUCCCAUAGCCAGGCCACCACCUCCCAGUGCCAGCAACCACAGCAGCAACAGUACUAUUAUAGCAUAAGUCCUGCUGCAUUAUUCCACAUGGCAAGUCAAGCAGCAGCAGGAGGGCAGGUGAGUGCAGUGUUGAUGCCCAAUACAAGUGAGAGCAGCACCAGCAGAACGCCUGGAAUGUCUGUGUCCACAGCAACUUCGGCAGGCAAUGGAGGGACUCAGAACAGUGGGGGUAGUGCAGCCCCUCCACCAGGAUUCUCUGCUCCGCUUCCUGUCAAUUUCCAGAAUCAGCAGCAAGUUGAUGGCAUAACUUACAACAAAAUGAUGAUGGGCUCGCACCUGUACAGAAGUCCAUCUCAGUCAGAGGGGCAGCCUGUGAUACCAAACUCUCAGUCAUACAUCACCCCUGUUGCUCAGUCCCUGAGUGCUCCUGUUGCUGGGGUUUAUGCAGUCCAACAGGGGUCAGGGGGUGGCCAGUUCACAAACAUAGCACCCCAGGUAGCUGCACACACUCCACAUGGUUUCAGUGAGUCAAACCUGAAUCAGCAGCAGGUCCCCUUUGACACACGACACUUUCUCUCACAGCAAGUGGCACAGGGUCUUCAUCAAGGCCUGCCUCAGGGAGUAUCACAGGGAGUUCCACAGGGAGUUCCACAGGGGGUCCCUCAGGGGGUACCCCAGGGAGUUCCCCAGGGGGUCCCUCAAGGUCUCCAGGGGGCACCACCACCACCACCACCGGGACUAGCCUCUUCUGUACCUCAAGGCCUUAGUCAGAAUGUGCCACAAGGUGUGCCUCAAGGGUUACAUCAGAACAUGUCAGGCGGAGUGCCACAGGUCAGCAUGGGCUCAGCACUCUCAGGAGGCAUGCAACCCAUGCCAAUGGGGCAUCACCUGCAGCAGCACCAUUACCCCCAGCCUGGCUUUCCUCAACAGGGCUAUCAGAUGACGAUGGCAGGACCUGGCAGUUACUAUUCGCCAGAGUUUGUGUUCAGUGAUCCAGCCUUGCAGACACCCUCCCCCAGUGGCCAGGGUCCCCAGCCCACCAUGCCUGCUGAAAUGAUGCCUGAGAUGGCUUUUCAGCGGCCUGAAGUGUAUGAUGCACAGAUGCAGACACUGCCUCAGUACUUGGCAUCUAACCUGUCGCAGCACCAGAACAUCAUUUCCCAGAUAUCCCAGCCACACCCUAGUCUUGGGCUGCCGCCGCACCAUCCUGCUGGUCCCCCAGCCACAGUACCUGCCUCCGUUUACACCCCAGGCUCAGUUACACUAUACAUAGAAGGGGAUAGAGAUGGUAGCCAGAUCUUGCAUUAAGGAAUUUGUGCAUAUUUUGAAAAAGAAAUGACAGUCCUGUCAAUUUUGUAAAUUGACCUACUAUUUGUGUAACACUAUUUUUUUAAAAACCUCUUCUUUCAGUGUUUUAGUACUUCUUGAUUUUGUAAACAUUUGUAAUGGCACUUUACAGAAGUUUAUUUUAUGUGCAGGAUGACAUGUCAUACUGUUUGAUGGAUAGAUCUUUUGGGGGGGUAUUUUAUAGGAAAACAGGUAAACAUUAAUGUAACUAGCAUUCAAGUGAUUUCUGAGUGGUGAAUAUCAAGUUCUUACAGUCCCCUCCAUUACCUUAUACAAUAACUUGUAUACAUAACUCAGGCUAAAUGUUGAUUUUUAUCAUUACACAUUUAUUUUCUGAGCAUUUUAAAAUUCUUAUUAUCAUAAACAUUUUAAUUUUGUGAAAGGAGGAAAAGACUUCCAUUGUAUGAGAAGAAACUUCGGAGUCUACAGUAUUUCUUUGUGCAAUAUGGUAUUUUUUUUAAAAGUUGAAACAUUUCCCCUCAGACCGGAAAGAGACAAAGUAGUUUUGUCCCUUGUAAUAUUUAAAGAAUUUCAAACCUCUGUUCAUCGAAAAUCAAUUUAGUACCAGGAUUUGAAUGUACUAAGUGCUAUUCUUUAAUUCAGCUUUAACUUUUUAAAAUAUACCUUGUUGAUAUUACAGAUACCAUGAAUAGGUUCUUAUUUUGCUACAUUUUAUUGGAUUUAGAUAAAAUGAGAAAAAAAUGUAAAAAAAAAAAACAAAAAAAACAAAAAAAAAACAAAACAAAACUAGCACUUCAAGAUAGAUUGUGACGUGUCAAACAUUUUUAAGGAUAGACUAAUGUAGUGUUAUUUAUUUAUUUAUUUUUACUUUGAAAUUUUUAUUUUUUAUAUUUAUAGAAAAAAGGGCAAACUUGACGUUUUCAAAUAAUUGGAAAGAAAAGCAUUAUGCGAGUUAAAGCUUUGUAAAAAUGAGAUAAAAGUAUUAUUUUU